AUGGACCAAAUCUCAGAUUCACAUUACAAGUCUUCCGCGAGCAUAGAAGCCGAUGAGAAAACCAACUCAGCAUGGAUACAAGCCCUUUCUAUCGAGAGAGGUGGUAUUGAGCGUGUUACGCCGGAUCAACGACAGGAAAAUGUCACCCAUUUCUGGAAUGCCUGCACGUUCUGGCUGAGUGCGAACAUGGCCGUGGCCACGCUUACCACUGGAGCCCUUGGAGGACCUAUGGGUCUGAAGUUCUGGGAUAGCUUCAUCGUCAUUCUCGUGGUUAACCUCGUCAGCGACCUUCUCCCAGCAUGGACGGCGGCAUUCGGACUCACGGGGCUCCGCAUGACGACUUUCUCGCGAUAUUCAUUUGGCUACUGGGGCAAUCUCCUUGUGGUGGUCUUUUCCAUGGUCGCCACCACAGGCUGGAACGCAAUCAACUCCAUCUCUGGCGCUGCCGUGCUCAACGCCCUCUCCGACGGACGCUGUCCCACCUGGGCUGGAGUAAUCAUUAUCUGCACAGUUGUCUGGAUAUUCUGCGUCUUAGGAAUCAACUGGAUCCACAAAAUCGACACCUUCAUCUGGAUCCCACCGCUGAUCGUCUGGUGCGUAACGGCCGGCACAGGCGCCUCGCAUUUCAGCAGCGCAGAGCCCAAGGAAUUCAAAAGCAGCGAGGAUAGGGCCGCCGCCAUAUUAUCAUUCAUGGCUAUUAUCUUCUCCUUCUCCGUCUCAUGGGUCAACUGUGCCGCGGAUUACAACGUUCGUAUGCCGAUUAACACGUCCCGGGCGAGGAUAUUCGGCGCCACAUACGUUGGGAUCUUCAUUCCAUCGGUGCUGGUCCAAACUCUCGGCGCUGCGUUAUUCAGCGCCACCGUACAUAACCCGGAAUGGAAAGCCGCAUAUGCAAGUGCAGGCGUAGGUGGACUCCUGAAAAUGGCCCUCGAGCCUGCUGGUGGAUUUGGGAAGUUCCUCAUGGUUCUUGCAGCGUUGAGUUCAAUCCCGAAUAAUAUCCCAAACAACUAUUCCUUCGCCCUACACGCUCAGAACUUCGGUCCUUGGGCCCUCCGCGUCCCCCGUAUCGCCCUAGUCACCUUCGGUUUCGUCGUCUCCCUGGUUGUAGGCUGUUGUGCAGCCCAGUAUUUCAAGGACACACUGCAGACCUUCUUAAGCGUUAUCGGCUACUGGACUGUCAUUCACAUCGUCAUCGUCGCAGAGGAACACCUCGUCUUCCGUCGCGGGUGGCAAGGCUACGACCUGGACGCCUGGGACGAUCCUGCGAAGAUGCACUUCGGGUGGUCAGCUAUUGGAGCCUUUGCGGCCGGGUUCGUGGGCGCUGCGCUUGGGAUGAAGGUGGCGUGGUAUGUCGGGCCCAUUGCUGGACUGAUUGGGUCAGGGGCGAACGUGGGCCAUGAACUGACGGGGGCAUUUUCGGGGAUAGCGUUUUUGGGGCUGAGAUGGGCCGAGAGACGGGUUUGUGGGAUGUGA